GUCAAGUGACACUCCAACAAUAUGGCCGCUUUAAAAUUAUUUUUCUUGACAAUUUUAACCUACGUCUACGUGUCAAAAGGUAUUAUAGUCGAGGAACCGAAAGAACUGACAGGACCUGAACGAGAAGCUGCUGUAGAACAUUUAUAUACUGGUCUGCAUAAAGUUUCUAUUUCAGGUGGUCCAGUAUACAAAGUGUUGAGAGUUAAUAAGGUGACUAACAAUAGUCGAAUUGUUUAUGCACCUAAAUAUAUCUACGAUGUGGAUCUGGUUGUUGGAAGAACUGUCCUGCAAUAUAUAGUCAGAAACGGAAUCUAUUAUCCGCCCACGAUGGGCCGUAAUUGGAUUUCGAUAGAGCGUAAUGGGAAAGUGGAAUUUAGAUUGAACUAUUGAGCAGUCGUCGAAUGAAUUGAACUAUUGAACUAAUAUAUUUUUCCAUUUUGUGGUAUAUACCUUUAAACUGCACAGAAAAGCUUUGGGUUAUUAUUUUCAAAACUUCACUACAUCAAUUUGUAUUUGCAAGAUUAAUAAUAAAAUUAGAUUCAGCAAAAGUGAAAA